AUGGCGGCCGAGGAUGACAGUGAAUCAAUGAAUUUUGAACUCUUUUUAAGGGAUUUUCAUCACGUUAUAGACUACUUGGGAACUCAAAGAAAGUUAAUGGAUGCUCAUAUUGUAGACUACUUCACAUCAAACCACUGGGAAACUCUUCUACCGCUACAGAUUAGGAGAGAUUUGGAAUCGCUUUCACCGCUAGAACUCGCAUCUUUGCCAACAGCUUGUAAUGAUGAAUCCGAAAAUUUUGAUAAUGUUGGACACCAUCUAAAGAAUUUUCUCAACGAGGCGAAAAUGGCGCAGCUUAAAAGCUUUUCUUGGUUAAAAGACGCAAAGGAGUUUUCAAGUGAGUUCAAGGUUGAUUUUAUUUCACACAUCAUGAGUCCAAAGAAAUCAUAUGAAGUGGAAGUUAUGUCAGAUGUAGUUCACAGGAUGGCCACGCAGUCUAACGUUCGUAAGGUCAGUUUCAGCCUAGUAUUAAAGAAGCAACAGAUAGAAUACAUUGACACUAAUUGUAUCUCACUGAAUUGCAAGAAUGUUCUUAAUUCAGAGAUGCCAACCUCUGAAGACUGGCUGAAGACCUAAAAUCUGGCAUUGUCACCGUUUGGUAAAACACAUACCGAGAGAUGCCAACCUCUGGAAAUCUAAAAUCUGGAGACUCUCUCGUUUGCCCCCCGCCCCCCACUUUGAGUAUCAGUGACCAAUGCCCCCUGAGCCCGACCCCGCCCCCGAUAAGCACGACUCAAUCCAGUCCCUAAUUUAUCACAUGGGAAUGGCUUAGGACAUUACAUGAAGUCUUACAUGAUGUACAGACCCUCAUAAUUGGCUUUUAUGAUUCACGUAAUGCCAAAAUAAUCUUUGUUAGUGAUGAAAUAUGUGCCAUAAUGCCCCAGGAACCAAACUAUGAGUGAAAGAAAAUUGGAAUUUUGGGAAAAAAUUAAAGCACAGACCGGGAGAUUGAAUCGGAAUUGAAUUGGUGUUGAAUCCGGGAGACUCCCAGAUAAUCUGGGAGAGUUGGCAUAUCUGCAUACCUGUCUAACGAAUAUGCAAGUAUAUGUUAAUGUACCACAUUUGCAUAUACCAGUCACCUCUCUAAUCAUUUUAAAACAAAACUGAAAAACAAACCACAACAAAAAAAGUAGCAACAAAGAAAAAAAUGAUCACAUAAAAAUUCCUUUGUCACCAUAAAAUGGUACAUUAUUAUAAAUGUACUGUAAAUGAUAAAAUGUAGGCUUCAUUAAUGGUCUGAGUGUUAUUAUUUUAAUUUCCUAGAUUUUAGAUCUUGGCAGUGGGAAAGGCUAUCUCAGUCAGAACUUAGCAUUGCAGUAUGGAUUAAAAGUUGUAGGAGUUGAUUCUUCACUAAGCAAUACACAGAAUGCAGUGAAAAGAAAUGAGAAGCUUUUAAAAGCAUGGAAUGGGCUAGUGAAGAAAUCAUGUGGUGAAAAAUUAAAAAUGUCGAACAGCCAAUCUGACAAGGAAAUUAUGUUGGGAAACAGUAACUUGGACUCUUGCUCAAAAUGUCCUUGCAGUUUAUCAGUUAGUAUUGGCAAUGAUAAAAACUCUGGUGGUUUGGAACAGAAAAGUGACAUUGACAACAAACAAGAUCUGUAUUUUAAUAAACUGAAGAACAAUUUCACUGAUAAUGGACAAAUUCGACCAUUAUGCUCAAAACAUGAAACUGAUCAUAAAGAUAGUACAAUUUCUGUUGAUUCUUCAAUACCCUUGUCUUCUGAAUGUUUUGACAUGGAUACAACUUGUGACCCUUUAGUAUUUUCAAAAUGUGGACAACAUCAACACAAGAAUGUACUUGUGAGAAAUAUUUCUAGGGAUGAAAACUACUGUGAGAAGAAAGAGAGUUCAGAUCUACCUGCUAAUGGAGCGAUAACCAGUUGUGAACAGUCACAGAGUGCAAACUCCAAUUCUUUCCUACCUGUAACUGGGUUUGUUGAUCAGUCAUUUGUUGCCAGUGGAGAACUGAAAAGGCUGUUUGAUGAGCUGCUGUAUUCUCCUGAAAAUUCUUCUGCAGUAUCAAAUGGACUAUUCUUGGUUGGAUUGCACACAUGUGGUGACUUAGUUCCAAUGGCUUUGAGAAUCUUUGUCAAUGAACCAUCGGUGAAGUUGAUUUGUGUAGUUGGAUGCUGUUAUCAUCUUGUGUCACAACAAUUUGGUAAGAAUUCCCCUCUGCAGUUUACAGUAAAAUUAACAAUUUGUUUAGUAACUAUAAUUAUCCGUUCCAAUCUUGAGUUCUUUCACUUCCAAUUACCAUAUUGUCUCCAAUUCUGAUUGGUUUAAAUCUCUCUAGCUAAUUUCUUGUAACCAGUUAGAAUUGACCAUGUUUGGCAUUCCUUGAAUAAUGUGAUUGGCACAGCCAUUGAAUAAAUAUAAUAAAGAUAAAUAAUAAUAAUAAUAAUAAUAAUAAUAACAGUAAUAAUAAUAAUAAUAAUAAUAAUAAUAAUAAUAAAUUAUUGGAUGAUUGAUGUCAUACAAACACAGUGGCAGCCAGCUGUUUUGGCAGUACACAGCUUGGAAAGAUGGUAGAAUAUUGUAUUUUAAGAUUGUUAUUUUGUGACUUUGUUUCCUGAUAGUUUUGUUACACUAUGUGAAGUUACGUCACAGCUGUGUUACAUUUACAUCAAUGCGCUUGCGCAGAAUGAGUAUGGGGAAUAAAAGAACUAGAGCUGUUAUGUUCAGUGUGGCUUGUUUUAUUUAACAAUUUUGUCCCUGGACUUCCAAGUGACAACAAAGAUGAAAUAGCAAUAUUUUUGCAGACUCAAAAAGAUUGUGGGAAUACAGAAAAAAUGCCCCAUGCAGGUGUCUACUGCUUAUUUUUGUCCUGUAGAUGCUGAGGAACUGGUGAAUGUUUUUUCUACGAGGAGGUAGAGAUGUUAUGAGCAGGAUGUAAGGAUGUUACAUCUCAAUUUCUUGAUAAUAUAAUUCUCUGCAGGAUCUGAUGCUAACUGUGUCUCAGAUGAUCCAGGUUUUCCAAUGAGCCAGUUCUUAAAGCCUUUCAAACUUCAUGUGAGCAGAAAUGCUACUAUGGUAGCUCAGCAGGUAAACAAUGGGUACCAUUUAUACCAUUGAUCUCGAAUAUCCCUUGAAUUCAUGCAAGUUGAUAGUUUUUAGCCUGUGUAGCAAGCGUUUCUGCUUGAGUUAAUGCACAAAAGCUGGAACUACUAGAGCAGUAACUCAAGCACAAAUGCUUGCUGUGCAUGCUAGAUCAUUUUAGGCGUUGCAUUGACCUAUAUCAUGAUAUUGUAGUUUGUAAAUUUUCAUUUUAUCCUUUUAAGUAGUUAGAAUUUGUUUUUCCGAUAGUUAAAUGUUUUAGUCUGAUUGUAUUUUUAUUACUUUUUUUGCCUUUCUUAGUAGUCUAGCCGUUUUAGCCUUUUAACUUUAUAACUACCACUAGUUUUUUAGAUUUGAUUGUUAUUGGUAGUUUUAAUAUUAUUUAAUCUCAGUCAGAGGACCUCCCUGAAAACCGCUUUAUGUGGUGGGAAUUUCCUCUAUAAAGAUUAUUUUAUUAUUAUAUUAUUAUGAUUUAUUGAAUGCAAUUGAUUUUGAGUGGCUUACAAUGUAGUUUUGAUUCUAAUUAGCUUAAUGUUUGUAAAGUAUAGUUCCCCUGUUGGUAUAAAAUAAUGUAGGCCUUUUAUGGAAAAACAAUUUUAGAAAGGGCUAGAUACUUACCAGUAAGGAAAUUUGUCUUAAUUGAUUGUUUGUAUGUGACAGUUGCACAACAAUGUUAGUAUGAUUAGCUGAUAAUCAACUACACUUCAAAAUGUACAGAAUUUAAAUGAGAAAUAAUUAUUAAAUAGGUUUACUUAAAAUAAUAAUUGAAGUCAUUAGGUGAAUGAGAUAUACAGCAAGAGAACUUUUAACAAUGAAUAUUUGAAUAAACUAUUAAAAUAUUUCUUCUUCUGCAUUAACAAUUUUUUAACGUCAUUUUCUUUUGUUACGAGACUUGUUUGUUUAAUACAGUGAGCAGUUUUAAGCAGGCCAUUGUUUGUCUUUCAGGCAGCAGAUAGAAUUUCUUCUGAAUCAAAGGUACUUUUUUUUAAAAUUAAAUUAACACUGGGGUUUAACUUUCAAGCAAAAGUAUGUCUUGUACUCACUUAAUUUGUGCCAAAAGCUAUUGUCUGAGUUAGAGUGAAUGAAAUAGGUCACACAUACAAUAUUUUUAACAGAAUAUUGCACAUUGAAUUUACACAUUUAUGAGCCUUGCUCUCCAUCCACAGAGUGCCCACCCAUACAGUGUUUGAAGGCCAUAGCCGAGAUUGUGUUGGGGUGGGCGGGGGAGGGGGGGCAUCUCUUAUCUGACCUAAUAGGGUGUGUGAUGCUGAUCAGGGUAUGGAGUUUAGGAUCUUGAGUCCUACAACAGAGUAUUCAGUUGCAUCAUUUACAUUUAGCAUCUUGAACAGGGUGUCUUUUUGGACUGGAAGGCAGUGUAAAGAGGUGAUGACCUGUAUUUAUUUGUGGUGCCAAGUAUUUUUUUUACAGAAAAAAAAAUUAAUGCCAUGAUUUCAUUUUGAAAAAAAAAACACCUAAUUCUGUAUGCAAAGCAAAAUGAAUCAAGGUCACAGAAUAAGGCAUCCAAGUAUUUUAAACAGGGUAUAUACCUAGACACUAUGUCUAUGAUGGUUGCAUUUCUCUCAUGCAGAUUUAGUAUCAGGAUAACUUUUGUUUCAUUUUCUGGUCUUUAGGUUCCUCCUCCUAGUGUUCUGUUCAGAGCAAUCUUACAGGUGAAUAAAGUCAACAUUAAUUUGUUUUUGGUUUGUCUUAAAACUUUAAUCACUUUAAUUACUGUAGUCUUUGUUCUACCUCCCCUGAAGCAGACAGUUGACACCCAUACCCUUAAAUGAAUGCUCUCUGGUUUCAGUAAGUGUCUGCUUACUGUAUGCAGAAAAAAAAAUGGUUAAACUACCUUAAUACAGUAAGCAUAUAUUAAUUAUUUAAACCAGCCAGCUGUUGCUUAAAAAUGUGUGAUGUAUGAGGUCAUACAAAUCAUCCUUAGUGUUUAUUUAUCAGAGGAAAAUGUAACUUUAUACAAACCAGAGAAACAAACGUGUACACUGUACCUGAUAAUGUAAAACUUCAUUAGCGUUCUAUUUGAUCUUUAAAGGUUAUUUUAAAGGAAAAGUUUGGCUUGGAUGGCAGGUUUGUAAGCUUCAUAUUGUACUUAAACACUUUUUUGUUAAAAAGCUAAGAGUACGUGUAUACUAGAUUAAACAUUUAACAGAACUGUUUGACACAUGUAAAUAAGUACUCUUUCAUCAUGUUAUUAUUAUCAUUAUAAGUAGUAUCAUUGUCCUUAUCAUUUUUAUUGUCCUCCUCAUCAUCGUCAUUAUUAGAUUACCCAAUGGGCGGCAUCGUUAGCGUGAGCAAAGUUUGGCAGAGGAGCUGCGAAGCCGUGCAGAGAAUAAUUACCUCGGGAGACUUCGCCACCAAAACUCUCACACGUGAAAAAACAAUUCCUCUAGCUAUGUAGGCUACUAUAUUGUAUAACUUUCCUUCUAUGAUUAAACUAUUUUCAGGGGAUUGCAUGUUGGUAAAGCUGGCUCAAAAUGCAAAACCUUUAAGGAGUAUGUACAUAAAUGCUUGAACAAGCUUGGUUUGCAGGACCGCAUUUGCGAGGUUUGAACUUCCCUUUAGAUUGUUUGUUUGUCACCUAUAUCUAAAUGUUUUGCCAUUGUGAUAGUUAAUGUCUUCUAGUGAUGAUUAUGCGCCAUACAUUAUAUUGGUGGUUUUUGAUCGUAACUCUGUAGAAAAGUAAAAAUAAUUGUCACAUACGGUAACAAACAGUACAUAUUACCGGUGCUGCACACUGUUUAACUCUCUUUGCCUGAAUUUAUAGUUGUCAGAUGAAGAAGUUGAACUAUAUCAUGAAAGAUUUAAAAGUCACGAAAACCAGCUGCAUGCUUUUCACCAGGUUAGUUCUCUUGAUAUUUUACCUACCGUUUGACUAGCAUGAGUUCCUCUUUCGAAAAAAGGAGUCUGUUCGUAGGUCAGCAACUAAAUUAACCAGUUUGUGACAAGCAACAGUUGUCACCUGGGACAUGUACUCUACGACAAAAGAAUUUGGCCGCUUCAAAUUCGCCCCGUGUAAGGGAAUCUGGGAAAUUUUUUCUUGCUGAAUUUGAAAUCCUGGGCUUUGGAAUCCGGAAUACAGCUCAAGGAAUCCGGAAUACCCCUAACGAUUAGAAUCCGUCGUCCAAGUUCCACUAAAUAAGACUGGAAUCCAGAAUCCACAGCAUGGAAUCCAGAAUCCAGUUCUAUCAAAUGGUGAUUUUAUUACAAUUGUUACCAAUAGCGGGCCUGUUUUAAUCGAGAUGAAACAUAAUAUUCCAGGAAUCUUUUCCUCUUGAUGGCGUCUCUUCAUCUAGUUUUUAAGACAUCCUAUGAACUUGUGGUGGAGUAGCCUGAGAAAACAGCCAACAUUUCAUGACGCCAUCACGAGUACAGAAAUUCCAUACUGAUGACGUGUUACUACCCAGAUCUUGGUAGUGCUUCUGAUAGGUUGAAGUAAAUUUCUCAUGCAGCAUGACCAAUCAGAAGUACUAUCCAGAACUGGAUAGUGACGCAUCAUCAGUAUGGAGAUUCUGCGCUCGUUUCUCAGAAGCCAUAUCGCGGGGAAACCAGUAGUGGUGUCGCGAAUUGUCGGCUUUUUUGUCAGGCUUAAGUGGUGGAGUGUUGUGUAAAUUCUCCAUCUUUUCUAUUUGACAGCUGAGGGCGGCAAUUGCCCCGUGCAUUGAGAGUGUGUUUCUCCUGGACAGGUUGUGCUACUUACACGAAGAGGUACUUUUUUACAUCCGUCAUCUGGAUUCUCUGUAUUUGUUUAUGUCAUGACAUAACGUCUUUUUUUAUGAGAUUUUGUUGCGUUUUUUUGUGAAAACAAAUUUUGAAAUUAUUUCCCUUCAUUCAUAUUUUGUUUGUUUGCCUUUAUUGUGCGUUUAUUUUUCUGUUAGAAUCACAACAUUAUACAUGUAGCAGGAGCUAUAAUCGCUUAUGGCUCCUGACUAUAGUUGACAUACUUUUACGUUUUCUUGGCUUUUACUUAUCGUCUCUUGAAAUAUCUUUCUCAUCAGGGUUUCAAGUCAGCGUCUAUUGUCAGGUUAUUUGAUCCUGUCAAGUCUCCAAGAUGCUACGCAAUCAUUGCAACUAAGGAAUAAAAAAACACAAGACUUGUGUCAUGACGUCAUAAAUCC